GCGCACCACAAAUCUACACUGCCUCUGCGCACAUAUGAGCGCAAUAUAUCAGACUUUUAUUUUAUUUUAUAGGGAACAGGUUGCUGAACACACAAACGCCAGGCAUAGCUUGUUAUCGGCAUUCAUUAUCUGGUUGCUGCAUUUCUUCUUUUGAGGUAGGCUACAGACUACAGAAGAAGCGAGAUGCGCCACGCAUCAGGCUUUUGUCGAAAGAAAUCCAUGGCAGAGAUUCUAGAAUCAUGAUUAUAUGAGGAAAAGAAGAUUCGGAUGCACGCACGACCGAUUCCACCGUCACCAGAAGACUGGAAAAUAAAAGAUACAGGCUUGUAACGUGCGUGCGAGCUGUCACAGGCGGGCACCAGUGUUGCCUAGCGCCAGACUACUUUGCGCCACAAGUAGAAAACAGGGGAUGCACGAAAACAGUGAAGACAACCGGUGCACGAUGCAGGACUGAAUCUAUAUAUUUCCCCUAGAAUAACCAGACAGACGUUGUGUCGACUUGGCUAUCAUUUGAGUGUAAAGCGCGUCGAAUAAGUAGUCUAAUUUAUUAUCGAGAAGAUGAGUGUAAACCAGACUGGGUAUGAUGGCAUCUCUAGAGUGGAUGGUGUCACGGUAACGGGCGGCCUCAACAUCAGUGGUACCCCGAAGCUGCAACAGUGUGCUCAGCCUCCCGGUAACCGACCCAGGGAUGCCCGAUACCAGCAGCACGGCGGUCGGCAGCACCAGCACACCAGCUCCGCUGUCAAACCGCCUAAUUCUGAACGGUCCGAACCCGCGGACGUUGUGAAGCGCGCCAUUGACUUCAAGACGCAAGGCACACAGUGUUACAAGGAUAAAAAGUACCGGGAGGCGAUUGGCAAGUACCACCGUGCUUUAUUAGAGAUGAAGGGGUUGUGCCGGGUGCUGGGAGACCCUGAAGCCAGCUCUAAGUCUCCUUCCUCGGUGCUGCCUACUAUGACCAAAUCAGACAGCCUGACGGACGAGCAGAAAGGUGCCAUGGAGAACGCCGAGUUGGAGUGUUACAACAGUCUGGCAGCGUGCCUGUUGCAGAUGGAGCUGGUCAACUAUGAGCGUGUGAAGGAGUAUUGUCUGAAGGUGCUGCGUAAGGAAGGGGACCACUUCAAGGCUCUGUARCGCUCUGGGGUGGCCUACUAUCACCUAGGAGACUUCCACAAGGCUCUACACUACCUCAAGGAGUCCCACAAACAGCAGCCAGCAGACACCAACGUUCUCCGUUACAUCCAGCUGACUGAGAUGAAGAUCCGACGUUCUGCCCAGAAGGAGAAGAAAGAGACCACAUAAAACAACCAACUCACUGUCUUAAUUGAUUUACUAAGUCUUUGCCCGAAUUGGCACCCUAUUCCCUAUGCAGUGCACUAGGGACCUAUGAGCCCUGGUCAAAAGGAGUGCACUGCAUAGGGAAUAGGGUGCCAUUUAGGAUGCCACCCACCUAACUUUUCACUCAACGUCAAUUUGUACUUUUCUUCAUGCUCUACUCAGACCACGAUACAGUGUGUUAUAAAGGAUUUCUAUAUAGAUAUGCUUCAGCCUUGCACAGCCACUUUAUCCUUCCUUCUUCUUCUUCUUCUUGCCAAUUAUGUAAUUCAUACCAACGUGUACUUUAGUACUUAUGAGUAUAUGUCAACUAUUUUAUACAGAUAUGCAGUACCAGUCAAAAGUUUGGACACACCUACAC